AAAAAGGGGUCGGCCAUGGAAACCGUUGGUUCAUCUUCUUCAUUUGUCUCUCUGUGUCUAGAAGUUUGUUUGAAACCCUAUUUUCUCUCCCAAAUUUUGUGGGGAACCAAACAAGCUUCCACCACAAGCCAGCCAUUUUUCGCUCACGAUUUCUCCCUUUUUUACCAUCUCCAUUUCCACAUUGAUUCCUCCUCUCUCUCUCUCUGUUUGGCUUCCCUCCAUUUCCACUAAUUUUUCUUCCUCUUCUCCUCUGUUACGGUUUAAUCUCCUCUUGCCGUCGCCGGAGCCGACCGAGAUCUCAUCUACAGACCAUCACUAACUAAUGGAUCCGACGGAACUGAAAAGAGUGUUCCAGAUGUUCGAUCGCAACGGCGACGGACGGAUCACUCAGAAGGAAUUAAGCGAUUCGUUGGAGAAUUUGGGGAUUUUCAUCCCUGAUAAAGAUCUGACUCAAAUGAUCGAGAAAAUCGACGUCAAUGGCGACGGAUGCGUAGAUAUCGACGAGUUCGGUGAACUGUACCAAUCGAUUAUGGACGAGAAAGACGAGGAAGAGGACAUGAGAGAAGCCUUCAACGUCUUCGACCAGAACGGCGACGGAUUCAUCACCGUCGACGAAUUGAGGUCGGUUCUUGCUUCCUUGGGGCUUAAGCAAGGGAGAACUGUAGAGGAUUGCAAGAAAAUGAUCAUGAAGGUGGAUGUGGACGGAGAUGGAAUGGUGAAUUACAAGGAGUUUAAGCAAAUGAUGAAGGGAGGUGGAUUUAGUGCCUUAGGUUGAUGAUAUCUUUCUCACUUAAUCACACACGUUCAAUGAAAAAUUAACUCUAAAAAAAAAUACCAGAGGAUGAGAGAGAGAGAGAGAGAGAGAGAGAGAGAGAGGGUGUUUUUCCCAUUAGAGUCUGUAUAUAAAAACCUUGAAGAUGACGAUGAAGAAGAAGAUGGAGGAAGAAGAAGGAUGUGAUCAUUACACAAAGUUGCAUGGAAUAUGUGUGCUCUCUAUCCACGCAUCCACAUUUCAUUGGUUUCUCUUUUAGCCAAUUGCCCUUUGACACGUAUUGAGAAUAUAUUAAAUACGUGAAUGUGUUUUCAGUUUUUUUUUUAUUCCAUGUAAUUUUAAAAUUAACUGUCGGGUCGGGUCGGCGCACCAACAGAAUAUUACUAUGUUUUUUUGCCUUCUUUAAUUAAUUUGCAACUAAGAAUGUUUUUGUGCU